CUUUGGGGCAAUUGGUCUCUCUGUAGCCACCCUUAACAACGGAAGUGGGAAGAACCUCUGUUUUUAGUAGUGAAGAUAGUUGUUUGAAGCUACAAAUUUAUGCAAAGGAAAGAAUUGUUCAUAUGUUUCAUCUGAAAUGAAGGGAACUCUAGUAUAUCCAUGUUGAGCUCAUCUCUGGCUUCUCUGGACACUAGGUGACAGAGCAAUAAACUUCAAGGCAGUUGGAUUGUGAAAGACACCAAACCAAUUGACAUGGAUGUUGUUGAGACUUGUGGAAAAGGAGCUCUAUUGAUUCCGGGGAGUUCCGUCCAACGUAGUUUUUCAUCAAUUGAUGAAGAAAUUGUGGGCUUUGAAAAAGAUGCAGAAAGUAUAAUGCAGAAAUUGACACGAGGAACAAAGAAGCUGGACGUUAUAUCAAUCUUUGGAAUGCCUGGAAUCGGCAAAACAACUUUGGCCAGGAAAGUGUACAACAUUCCCUCUAUUGUUAAUCACUUUGAUGUUAAAGUAUGGUGUUCUGUUUCUCAAGAAUAUGAUAGGAGAACGUUGUUGGGUGAGAUCCUUAAACAAACAACACGUAAGAGCGAAAUCAUUGAGGCUGAUGACAGACCUGACAUGUUACGCAGGAGUCUGAUAGGCAGGAGAUACCUCAUUGUAUUAGAUGAUAUAUGGGAUGUCAAGGCAUGGGAAGAUUUGGGUUUAUGUUUCCCUAUGGGUGAAAAUGGAAGUAGGGUAAUUGUAACAACUCGAAUUGAACAAGUGGCUAAGCAUCUUCAGCACCACAGUGAUCCUUAUCCUCUUAGAUUUCUAACACGGGCAGAGAGUUGGGAAUUAUUGCAGAAAAAGGUAUUUCGAGGAGAGAGUUGUCCACCGAGUCUGCUGCCAGCAGCGCUACAAGUUGCCCAACAUUGUAAGGGAUUGCCUCUUGUCAUUGUCCUAGUUGCUGGCCGGAUUAUUGGUGAAAAGGAAUGGGAGUCGUCCAGCUUGUGGCUAGAGGUUGCAAAUGACUUAAGUUCUUAUGUUUUAGGAGAGCAGAGCUUGAAGGUGAUACAGUCAAGUUAUGACCAUUUAGAAGACCACUUAAAGUCUUGCCUUCUUUACAUGGCAUUGUUUCCAGAAGACCAUGAGAUUCUAGUGUCUAAUUUGUUGAAGUUGUGGAUGGCUGAAGAGUUUGUACUGAAUGUCGACACAGAGAAUAUGGAGGAAGCAUCUAGAAUUUGUUUGAAUGAUCUACUUAACAGAAGCCUAGUUAUGGUCUCCAAGAGGAGUGCUAAUGGUGACACAAAAUACUGCAUACUUCAUGAUGUAGUGCGUGAGUUCUGCUUGAGAAAACUCACAGAAGACAAGUAUAUGCAGACCGCAGUGCCAUACAAUCCAUAUCAACAUUUGCAUUCCAUGGAAUCACGGUUAUGGAUUUAUAUUCAUGAUGAUCUUGUUGAACAAUUAGAUCAUUCUGAAUAUCAAUUGGAAAAGAUUCCAAUGGUUGAGUCCACCAACAAAACAUACUGUUUUGGUAAAUGUCCUAUGUUGUCUUUGGAGUUCAUUGCUCAUCCAAAGUUCAACACAUGGAACCUAUCAAAUCCUUUACCUCUACUUGUAAAACUAAGACUUGUUCGGGUGUUGCAUUUUCCGCUUGCAAAGCUUCCAAGUUCUUGGCCUAGUGCAGUACAAUCUCUAACUCACUUGAGGUACCUUGAGAUUUAUGUCCAAGAAUUUGAUUUCAAGUGGAUAUCUCACCUGCUUGAUCUUCAAACUCUUGUGGUACGUUCAUCUAAUUCCCUAAGGACCUCGCUUGCAGCUAUCUGGAAAAUGACGAAGCUAAGGCAUGUAGAUAUAUACAAUUUGUCUUUGAUAUGGGACGACAAUGAUUGGGCAAGUUUUGAAGAAUCUUCUACAACUAUGCUAGAGAACUUGAAGACAUUCCGCGCUCAUGUUAUACGCGUGGAUGAUAGGACCCCAAGGUUUUGGUGGAGGUUUCCAAAUAUUGAAGAACUCAGAUGCUUCCACAUUAUCGAUUUACCUAGCUGUUCUUUGUUUCCUUCAGUGGAAGUUCAUACUCGUCUUCAAUCUCUUAAUCUGGUCAUAAGCCCUCAGGGAUUCUGGGAUUCAGUUGGUUGGGAGAGCUACUUUGUCUUCCCUUCAAAUCUUAGGGAUUUGUGCAUUGGCGGCUGUUUCAUAACAGAAAAAAUGGUUUUAAAUGUUGCAAGAUUGAAGAAGCUUGAGAGUCUGACAUUAGAGGGAGGAUUUCAUUGGGAGGAAAUAGAGUACCAUUGUUGGGACGUCACAAAUGUGAAGUUCCCUGCACUCAAAUACUUGGCAUUACACUUUAUGAGGAUGGAAGAAUGGAAAGCUUCAGAUGAAUCCUUUCCCGUGCUUGAGAAGUUAGUUAUAAGAGAAUGUCACUACUUCAAGGAGAUCCCUACUAGCUUUGCCGAUAUUCCAACACUGCGACUUAUUGAACUGUUUGAGUGCACUGAUUCACUUGUGGUUUCAGCUGUGAACAUCAAAAAUGAAAUAGAAGAAAACACUGGAUGUGAUAGUCUCCGGGUAAGAAAGUUGUAUGGAGACGGAUCUCUAAAGAAAAAAGAAAAGGAUGCCACGGGGUUUUUAAUAAAGAGAAGACAAAAGGAUUUUUCCAAUUGA